AUGGAAUUGAUAGGUAUCAAAGAAGAUGGAGAGUGUAGUGUGUCAAUUGAUUUGCCUGAAAAUGAACACUACCGCUCUCAGAGACAACCAAUACUUUCACCUGAACUUGAACAAGCAAAGAAUACCUCAAUUGCCGUAGAAACCCGAGCACCACUUAACCAAGUAGGCCAAUUAUAUUUUCCUUCAAUAUAUUAAUAAUAAUACUUUUCAAUUCCUUGUUAUUUUCAGUUGAGCAGAAUUUGGCACAUUUGAAAUGUACUCAUCGAUGCUGCUCCUGUAUCCUUAGUUUCAUGAAGUAAGGUUGUUACCAUACGUCGGUGACUGCGGACAUUUGCUGUUAUUUUUUCUUUUUUUUUGUUCUAUCUACUUUUUAGGUAAAAUUGGGUGACUUCUGUACUUGAGCCUAUUGCCACCCCCCCUCCAACCAGAGCUAAUCCCAGUUUCCAUGUAAUAUGAAGCGACCAGGACUAUUACUACUCCACCCUUUGACUGGAAUGCUCGUCCAUCACAAGGUUAUCCCUGAGCAUUUCGUCGGGUUUUCCUUACAAUUCACCAGUACCCAUUUAUAUUCCAGGGUGGACAGAGGAACUGUAAGAGUGGAUUGUUUUUCCCAAGAACACAAUGCAUUAACUCCGCCAGGUCUCGAACCAGGACCUCUCGACCCGGCAUCCUGUGCACUCACCACUUUCUCUCAUUUUCCUACCUUGAACUGUGAAGAUAAUCCGCAACCUCAACCAUUGCUUCGUGUAAAUGCAAAUACACUUAGGGCAUUUGAAAACACGUAAUAUUUUAAUUAUAUAUUUCCGUCUUUUUAUAGACCAGACCUGUCAUAAAAUCAAACAGAAAGAAACGAAGAACUUCAAGUGAAUGGAUGAAAAAAUAUUUCUUGGAAGGUCAGUAUGUCCUAACUGUAUUCAAAGUACUUUAAACAAAAAACCUCUGCAUAAAUAUCACUGAUUAAUAAACCAAUGAUGAAUAUAAAUCACCUCAUUGUAAUAUUUGUUACCUUUCAGGUCAAGCUUUGACUUCUACCCAGGCCCAGGCCCUUGAAACAUUCGAUCCGAGCGCGCCAUGGUACCAGAGGCUCAUUGUAAAACACCGCCGGCUGGUGGGUGUGGCAAUUCCAUUUAUCUUCUUUCAAGUCAUUUGGUGGAGUUGUGCCAUCAAGUACAACUUCUGGAGUCUGUUUCCUGACAGAUAUUUCAUGUCAAUAACGAUGGUUUUCGGUUCCAUGAUUGCAGGUACAGACUGAUCUUCUAAGGUCAUUGAUUUCGUUUUCUCUCGUGAACAGAACAUUUUUCAAUGCACUUGAAUCUGCAGCGUAUAUGACGUUUAUUCUGGCUUUAAUUAACCUGCGCUUAAAAACAGUCGAAGAAUCAAUGUAAGCUAAGCCGUAGCCCACUUUUUCGUUGGUCUGUGAAAACUUUCUCGAGAGAUAUUUGACAUCCCAUCUCUAGUCCUCAUAGGAUAACUUCUAUGCAACAACUAUUUAACAAAAUCCUUUAGAUAACCUUUUUAGAGAUUAACGAAGGCUAUACAGGUCUACAAGUAGCGCAUAGAGUCGCAAUCCGUUAAACAUAACAUUUUUUUUAUGCAAAAAAAAAAAUGUAGAAAAGCUCCUUCUCUCCGUUCACAGGAAUGACAAGUGAGGGCGGAGGCUCAGUCGCUUUUCCCGUUAUGACCCUCGCUUUUGGUAUAGCACCAGCAGUAGCACGUGAUUUCUCACUGAUGAUCCAGUCCUGCGGUAUGAUAGCUGCGGCUUUUACUAUCUUCUGGAUGCGCGUGCAGCUAGAAUGGCACUCCUUAACACUUUGCUCCCUUGGAGGAAUUUUUGGCAUGAUUAUUGGCUUGGAGUUCAUCGACCCUAACCUCACCCCUCCCCAGAAGAAAAUUGGAUUUGUAUGUGUGUGGUUUGCAUUCGCUUUUGCUCUGUUUCUGUUAAAUCGCUUUCAUAAGCGGAAAACAUACAGGACUAUCCCAGAAUUUAAAUUAUGGAAGCUCAUUGUACUUCUAUUGACUGGAUUCAUCGGUGGAGGCUUCUCAGCAAUCGCCGGGAGUGGCGUGGACGUCUGUAGCUUCAGUGUUCUAACGCUCCUCUUCCGAGUAAGCGAGAAGACUGCUACACCAACGUCCGUCAUCUUGAUGGCAGGAAACACUGUGGUGGGCUUCUACUGGCGUCAGGUCAUCCAACAAGCUGUGAGUGCUGAGGCGUAUUAUUACCUGGCAGUUUGUGUGCCAAUUGUUGUGUUGGGUGCUCCAGUGGGAUCAGUGAUUGGGAGCCAUUUUCAUCGUCAGAUUCUAGCAAGCUUGAAUUAUAUUUUAGACACUGUUGCUCUUAUUACUGCGUAUGCGAUUGUGCCUCUCACUAAAGCUUUGAUUGUGGCCUCUGUGGGUAUCGUAGCUCUUGGGUUUCUCUUCUUUGGGUUGAUAGCUUAUGCUGGACAAAAAAUAAUGGAAGGAGUUGAAAACAGGAAAGAACAACUUUUAUAA